GACUGAAACGUUCAGGUGUCCUGGUCCAGGUGUGUUCCGGUGUGCUUUGACUGGACUGGUGUUUGUUAUGACCCAGGAGGCGGAGCUGCGGUACAACACUGUCCAAUGGGAUGAGAACCUCCUCCAAUCAGCUAGCAGGAUUGCUGCAGGGCCGCUGUUUGACAUCAAGUGUUCAGAGGAUGGAGCAGUCUGUCAGCUCCACCUCCCCCACUGUGACACCAAGGAAGCGCUGCUUGUUGACGGCCUGCUGUCUGUCGUCCACAUCUCUGAUGAUGGGAUGAGCAUCUUGGAGCCGCUGAAGAUCACAGACACUCAUGUGGUCCUGAAGGUCCCCCACCUCUCUGCCUUGGGCCUCGUCUGGGAUUUCAUUAGAAGAUUUGUGAACCUCUCGCUGCCGAUAGAGGCCCAAGUUCUGCUGAUCCUCCGGUCUUCGUACACUGCUGGUCCAGUUCUCAAUGUGUUGCUGUUGCCUGGCAACAUCCCUUUAAAUGAGGUCAAAGAGCAAUACGAAGACGCCGAGCACAUCCCCAUCCCUUCCUACUGUGAUGUCAGAUUCGGUCAGAGUUACAGAGUCCACUGUGAGCCUGGUGUCCACAGGAUCCAGCCUGAAAGGGCUCCAUUUCGCUUAAGGUAUGGACCAAAUUACCAUCCGACGUUUCAAGUUCUCCUGGAGACGAUCCCAGAGGACGUGACUUUAAUAUUCCAGGACAGCGAGAGGACAGACGUCUGGAGACGUGACUUGCAUCUGAGAGAUUUCUACCGGUGCACGCAGCAGUUGGACAUCUCAGAAGACGCCAUAGAAAGCCAUGCAGUCUUGCCUUUACACUGCCUUACUACUGGUACAUUAAUUGGAUACCAUGCUAUUUUUUUGCUUGCUUUCACAAUGAUAUUUAAUUGUGGUAUCUGUGACUUUAGAAAUACCUCAGUUUCUGACUAUGUGAAACAUUGUAGAACCCAUAGAAACAGUAACAAGGCUAUUUUUCCCAGUGGGUUUCCAGACUGUGGAAGAAGCUUUUCGUCUUACAAUUCUUUUAAUGUGCACUUGUCCAGAUUUCACCACAAAGGGAGGAAGCUGUCUUUUAAUCGUAACAUAUCUGUGCCGUUAAAGUGUUCUUGGGAGUUUUGUGGCAAAGAAUGUGAAAGCAUAAAAGGUCUCGUAGCUCACCUUAAGUGUCAUUUGCAAGAGGGUCUUGAAGUGACGUGUCCUUAUAGUGGAUGUGCAAAGGCCUUUAAAGUCAUAUCCUCUUUUACAUCUCAUUUAUCAAGAUGUCACAAGCAGUGUGAUGUUACACAUAUUGAUCAAAGUUAUAUCAGGGAAACAACAGAGUAUGCACCUAAAAGGUGCUUUUAA